AAAAGCGGAGCGACGCGUAGGAGAGGCGAGAGGGGGGAGACGACAAGAACUCCACUCCCCACCCACCCACGCCGCUCCACCCCUCUCUCGUUUUCACUGCCCCUUGCCCUGCACAAAAACAACCAGAGGAAAAGGGACGCGCUCUCGCCAACUUCCCUGCUCCACAAGACCACUCGGAUCCCAAUCCGAGUCCUACUCGUCGUCGACGUCGGCGACGACGCCACGGUCCCGCGGGGCGAGCCAGCCCCGCAGCCACCCAGCGCCCGUGGACUGGGGAGGGAGCCCGGAGGGAUGGACCCCGAGAAGCGCGGCUACGAGCUCCAGAAUUUUGUGGCGCACGAUGCUGAAGUUAGGUCCCUGUCCAUUGGCAAGAAGUCUAGCCGUGUGUUCAUCACUGGCGGUAAUGAUCGCAAGGUCAACCUGUGGGCAAUUGGCAAGCAAACACCACUUCUGACCUUGUCUGGCCACACAAGUGCGGUGGAGGCUGUGCAGUUUGAUUCAGCAGAGGUGCUUGUGCUUGCUGGCUCAUCUAAUGGUUCCAUCAAGCUCUGGGACUUGGAGGAAGCUAAAGUUGUGCGGUCUCUCGCUGGGCACAGAUCGAGUUGCACUGCUGUUGAAUUCCAUCCAUUUGGCGAGUUUUUUGCAUCUGGUUCGUCAGAUACAGACCUGAAGAUAUGGGACAUAAAGAAAAAAGGAUGUAUACACACAUAUAAGGGUCACAGAGGAGCAAUUAAAACAAUCAGAUUUACCCCUGAUGGACGAUGGGUUGUCACUGGAGGAGAAGAUAGCAUUGUGAAGGUGUGGGAUUUGACAGCUGGAAAGCUUCUACAUGAUUUCAAGUUUCACAGUGGACAAAUCAACUGUAUUGAUUUUCACCCUCAAGAAUUUUUGCUUGCAACAGGCUCUGCUGAUAGGACGGUGAAAUUUUGGGAUCUUGAAACUUUUGAAUUGAUAGGUUCUUCUGGACCUGAGGGUACCAGUGUACGUUCUAUGGUCUUUCACCCAGAUGGUAAAACCCUUUUCUGUGGAUUAGACCAAAGCUUAAAGGUAUUCUCUUGGGAACCAGUAAGGUGCCAUGAUGUUGUUGACAUGGGGUGGAGUAAUUUAGCUGACCUUAGUAUUUAUGAAGGGAAACUCUUGGGAUGCUCCUACCAUGAACGCCGUGUUGGUCUAUGGGCUGCUGAUAUAUCACUCAUUGGACCCUAUGCUCUUGGUGUGUUGCCCAAAGCAAAUUUUUUUGCUGAGCUUGUGCAGUCUAUGGAUGAUAACCCUGUGAAACCAGUUGAUAGCACUGCAAAUUCUCGUCCUGCUUUAGCAAUGGCACAUUCAAAAAGUUCAUACAAAGUCAAGGAAUCUGGGAUUGCUGAAAGCAGGGUUCGUGGUUCACAUUUGACUCCAGCAACUACAGAUAAGGUCAAGAAAGCUAGGAGCAGUACUAUUCCACGAAGACCUGAUUCGUCUUUAAAAUCAUCUGUUCAGGGUUCCACCCCGGUGAGGCGUAUGAAGCUUGUUGAUAGUCCUUCCACCAACCCAAAAAUCAUGGAACGUAAUUUUGGACAGAGAGACAUUUCAUCAGCAUCUCGUGCAGCGAGAGCUAAUAAUUCUGCAACUGCUAAGAAAAGCAAUCUUACAGAAUCAGCUUUAGUGAAAGAUAUUUACACUACAUCUCAGGCUGUUCCUGCACCUGUUGUUGUGCCCAGAGACAUUUUAGAGGACAAAACAGUAAGCAAUGUUCGUAGAGGGACUGGAGACACAGCUGCAGCCCCAGAUGAUUUUCGGACCCCUUUUCACAAAAGAAAACCCUCACUUAGUGGCAGUGCUGCUGAUAGUGAUAGCUCAUCAGUAUACACUGAACCUGAUGUUUGCUCAGAGGGUUUGUCUAGCUUAAAAUUCUCCUUUGGGCUAACUCCAUAUUACAAGAAAGAAGAAUUUGGGGAUGUGGAUAAUGAAGGUAUUGCACAAAUAACAGAAAAGAUGGACAGAACAGUGUUGCUGGACCAUUCUCCACAGUUAAAUGAUGAUAAAUCCUUUGAAUCUCCAUGCUCAACAACAGAGACUGCCAAGGUCAAAUAUGUUAGAGGAGUUGCUGUGCCACUGGGGAAAACAAAGUCUCUUGUUGAGAGAUGGGAAAAGAGAGAGUCUUCUAGCACUGAUUAUUCACCACAAAUUGGUUCUUGUGGUGAUCGGGCAUCAAGAAAUGACAACCCUCCGUCCCAUCUGGCAGAACCAAGUACAACAUAUGAAAAGGAUCUGUCAACAGUGGAUGAGGUGAUGGUUCCUGUCAAUUUAGUACGGAACCAUGAUGAAUUCAUAAAUGCUGUAAAACUUCGGUUGACAAAGCUAGAGAUGAUGCGGCACGUCUUUGAACAAAGUGGUAUCAAAGGAGCAAUUGCUGCAGUGGCAAAGCUACCUGACAAUGCUGUUCAAGCUGAUGUUGUUAGUGCUCUCAAAGGGAAGCUUGAUCUUUUCAACCUGGAAAUUUUCUCAAGCUUUCUGCCUGUUCUUUCCGGGUUACUGUGUAGCAAGACUGAAAGGCAUGCUACAGUUUCUUUGGAAAUGUUAUUGGAUCUUAUAAAGAUUUUUGGACCAGUAAUUCAUUCAACAUUAUCAGCAAAUUUAGGCGUUGGAGUUAACAUUCAGGCUGAGCAGAGGUUGCAACGUUGCACACGGUGCUUUAACCAUCUGCAAAAGAUUCAACAAACUUUGAAUCCAUUGAUUAUGCGGGGUGGUCAAGCUGCACAACUUGCUCAAGAACUAAAUCUUUCAUUGCAAGAUUUGGUGGUGAUCUAGGUCGGAGGAAGUUCAUGUAUACGACAGAGUAGAUACCAUUCUUUUUGGCAAAAAUUACCCACAGUUGUGUAGCUUGUAAUUUUGUCAUAGCUUUGCAAGUGGGCCAUGCAGUUGUGUUUUGACUUGGGCUGGCAUUCAGCCUGGUCCCCUGUUGUAUAUGUGAGCCUGGCCGUGCAUCAGUCUGUAAUUAGCCACAUCUGCUGUAUGGGCAGCCCUGAACAAAGACUAGUUGAGAGGAAACAAUCACAAAGGGGACCAUUUUGGUUACGAUGCAGGUGAUAGGAUGCAUCAUGUAGCAUGUGGUGUUUGUUCAUUCCAUUGUAAUCGUAACCCAGUAAAGUUUGAACGAAUGAGGAAUGACCAAUGAUCAGUCUGACUUGGAUCGGAUAUCGAUAUA